AUGGCUUUCGGUGCUCCAAGAGGUAGAGGCGGUCCAGCAAGAGGUGGCCGUGGUGGUUCAAGAGGUGGUUUCGGUGGUGCUUCCAGAGGUGGAUUUGGUGGUGCUAGAGGUGGCCGUGGUGGUGCUAGAGGUGGUGCCAGAGGUGGAUUUGGUGGUCGUGGUGGUGCCAGAGGUGGUGCUAGAGGAGGUGCCAGAGGUGGUCGUGGUGGUGCCAGAGGUGGUGCCAGAGGAGGUGCUAAAGUUGUCAUUGAACCACAUAGACAUGCUGGUGUUUUCAUUGCCAGAGGUAAAGAAGAUUUAUUAGUUACUAGAAACAUCGCUCCAGGUGAAUCAGUCUAUGGUGAAAAGAGAGUUUCUGUUGAAGAACCAGCUAAGGAAGAAGGUGCUGCUCCAACCAAGAUUGAAUACCGUGUUUGGAAUCCUUUCAGAUCUAAAUUGGCUGCUGGUAUUAUGGGUGGUAUUGAUGAAUUAGGUAUUGCUCCAGGUAAAAAAGUUUUAUACUUAGGUGCUGCCUCCGGUACUUCUGUUUCUCACGUUUCUGAUGUUGUUGGACCAGAAGGUAUGGUUUAUGCUGUUGAAUUCUCUCACAGACCAGGUAGAGAAUUAAUUGGUAUGGCUAAAAAGAGACCUAAUGUUAUUCCAAUUAUUGAAGAUGCUCGUCAUCCUCAAAAGUAUAGAAUGUUAAUUGGUAUGGUUGAUGCUGUCUUUGCCGAUGUUGCUCAACCAGAUCAAGCUCGUAUUAUUGCAUUGAACUCUCAUUUAUUCUUAAAGGAUCAAGGUACCGUUGUUAUUUCUAUUAAGGCCAACUGUAUUGAUUCUACUGUUGAUGCUGAAACUGUUUUUGCCAGAGAAGUUCAAAAAUUAAGAGAAGAAAGAAUUAAACCAUUAGAACAAUUAACUUUAGAACCUUAUGAAAGAGAUCAUUGUAUUGUUGUUGGUCGUUACAUUAGAAAUCCCCGACUGGAAGGUUCGAGAUCUAAAGCGUUAGUUAGUCAAGUAGAUGAUCAUACUAAUCAUAAUCAUGAAGAAGUGAUUGCCACUGAUAAUGAUGAAGAUAUUAUUGAAAUCUCAUCUGAUGAUGAUUUAGAAGUUAUGGAAAUCCGUCGACCAUCACAUAGUCGUAACCAUCUGAUUGUUGAUAUUGAUGAUGAAGAAGAACCUACUAUUAAUGAAAUUAAUGAUACUACUAAUCAUAAUGAUAUUAUUGUAACAGACCAUGAAGAUGAUGAAGAUGAUGAUAUCCAAAUCACAGGGUCUAAUCACCAUAGUACCGUACCUUUCAAUAUAUCCAUACCCAUAGUAACAAGCCAUAUAGGCUAUUUACCCAUGCCAUUUUCAAGAUCAUACCAAUAUGAUGAAGGAAUUAAUAAUAAUUAUAUUGAUAAUAUAAAUAAUACCCAAGACAAUGUUACUGGUAAUGGUAGACCAUUAACUCCUACAACCACCAGUACCAGAAAUAACCAUAGUCAUAACCAUAAUCAUAAUCAUAACCAUAAUCAUAAUCAUAACCAUAAUCAUAAUCAUAAUCAUAAUCAUAAUCAUAAUCAUAAUCAUAAUCAUAAUCAUAAUUAUAAUCAUAACACCAUGCAUAGAGUAAGAUUUACUACUGAUGAUCAGGUACUACCGGAUCAAAACAAUCCUAAUUCCCGAGUAACAUUUGCUAUUAAUGAUACUAUAAUAGAAAAUGAGAAUGCAAUAAUGCAAAGAAUUGAACGAGAUAAUGAAAAUGAUUUAAAUCAAAGAAUACAAACUGAAACUAAUUUUAAUAAACGAAUAUUAGAAGAAAAGAAAAAACUUGUUAAAGAAGAAGGUUCUGGAUAUGUAAAUGAUAUUGUUAAAGAUUCUCAUUUAUGUUGUGAAGUAUGUGGAAUUAUAUUAGGUGAAGGAAUUCCUGAAGAUUUUCAGCCGGAUAUUCGAUAUAAUGAAAAUUUUGAAAAAUAUGCUAAACAAUAUCGAGUUAAUGCUCCAUGGUUUUGUAUGAUUCGUCGAUCAAAAGUUGAUAUUGAUUUAUCUAAACGAAUAUUUGUUGCAAAAUGUGGUCAUGUAUUUUGUGGUCGAUGUGUUAAAAAUAUUGGUAAUAGACCAAGAAAGACUAAGACUACUCCAUCUGGAUUUACAAUUAUGAAUCCUCAAUUAUAUGCUCCUCAUUCUUGUCCUGGUCCUGAGUGUACUAGUAAAAAAUUAACUCCCAAGAGUUUUACUGAAUUGUAUUAUUAA